AUGAAGUCAGCCCACGUCUUCAAAAAGGGAGAGGAUCAGCUCGAUGUCCAGAUCAAGGACAUCCCGGUCCCCCAGCCCGAACCCAACCAGGUCCUCAUUAAAGUAGUCGUAUCGGGCACAAACCCCAAGGAUUGGAAAUAUCCCAUCCUCGUCAAGGGCAGCACCGGACUCAACACGGGCGACGACAUUGCCGGAUACGUCGAGGCGGUGGGUUCCAAUGUCACUGAAUUCAAGGUUGGCGACCGCGUCGGCGCCUUUCACGAGAUGCGCACGCCUCACGGCUCCUUCGCCGAGUAUGCCAUCGCCUGGGAGAAGACCACCUUCCAUCUUCCCAAGCAGACCUCGUUCGAAGAGGCGGCGACGAUCCCGUUAGCUGCCAUGACCGCCGCCGUCGGCCUUUUCUGUCGCUUGGGUUUGCCAGAGCCAUGGGUUACUGUGUCUCAGGCCCGUAAGGACGCCGUGGCGGGCGGAGUGGUCGUCUACGGCGCUGCUUCCGCCGUCGGCGCUUUCGCCGUGAAACUCCUUGUCCGCUCCAAGAUACACCCCAUCAUCUGCGUUGCCGGCCAAGGCAUUUCGUUUGUUGAAGGCCUGAUUGAUAAGUCCGAGGGCGACGCCGUCGUUGAUUACCGCAAAGGCGAUGACCAUGUUGUGAAGGGCCUCCAGGCCGCGGUCCCUGCCGGGCAAAAACUCCUAUACGCCUUCGACGCUGUGAGCGAGAAGGGUAGUUACCAGAACAUUAUCAAAGUUCUCGAUCCUUACGGACAUAUUAGCUUAGUCCUACCGGGAAGGAAGUACGAAGAGAUUCCCAAGACCGUCAAUCAGACACUUACAACCGUGGGAUCCGUGCAUGGCGUGCCCGACGACCUGAGCGAUUUCGGAUAUGCCUGGUUCAGACUGUUCAGCUUGGGUCUUAAGGAAGGCUGGUUUAGCGGACAUCCGCACGAGGUGGUACCUGGCGGAUUGAACGGUGUACAGACCGGCCUGACAAAUCUUCAACAUGGCAAGGCCAGUGCUGUGAAAUAUGUAUAUCGAAUCGCGGAGACCGAGGGCGUGGAUCGGAGUAAGAUUUGA